AUGACCGAAAACUAUCCACUUCUUUCUGAGGAGUUAAAAUUAUGGCAAAAUCUUUAUAAUCAAUCAUUAACAAUCGAUGGAAAAGAAUCAAUUAUUCAAACAGAUGGAACAAGACAACUUGUUUUACUUCCAAUGAUGACAUAUACACUUAUAUCGACAAUGCUUCAAAAAUUAAAAUAUCUUCCAAAUAAUUGCUUUAAUCGUAUUGUCAUUGGUGAAACUCCCAUCUGUGGUCUUCGACCAUUGAGUCGAACAAGUCCAUCAUUAAUGUAUAAACUUACAGAAAUUUUACGUACUAUUGUUGAUGGUGUUCGUAAACAACAUAUUCUUACUUUCGAACAUUUUGAAACAAUGCCAAAUAUAUAA